AUGGUAGUGCGGAAAACACGAAACCGACACUGUAACGUGAGUGGAGGCAGGGAGAAGGGUGGACAGCGGCAGCAGACAACGGCAGGCAGACAGAAGUCCCGUUCCCGGUAUGGAAGCGGCAGGGUGCGCGGAGUAACGCCUGGCCGCGAGCAGCAGCGAGUCCGCAGGAGAGGACCCGCGGUGGAGACACAGCGACCAUGGCGCACAGCCCCCAACAUGUGA